CUGUUGCUCUUUAGGCCGCACCUCUGAAGGAUCUUCCUGUAAACGAUGAGCAGCAUGUCGCUGUUCCCGCCUGGAAGGCGAGCAGUAAGCAGCCUGCGUUCACCAUUCACGUGGAUGAAGCCGAAGGAGAGACUCAGAAGAGGCCCAGCGAAGCUGAAAAGUCAGAAUGCGAAGAUGACCUGGCGUUUCGCUCAGCGCUUACUUUGCCUGAACAAAGGAAGCCGCUGGCGCCUCUUGAUUAUCCGAUGGAUGGUAGUUUUGAGUCACCGCAUACGAUGGACAUGUCGAUUGUACUGGAAGAUGAAAAGCCAGUGAGUGUUAAUGAAGUUCCCGACUACCACGAGGACAUUCACACAUACCUUAGGGAGAUGGAGAUUAAAUGUAAGCCUAAAGUGGGUUACAUGAAGAAGCAGCCAGACAUCACCAACAGCAUGAGGGCCAUCCUCGUGGACUGGUUAGUAGAAGUAGGCGAAGAGUAUAAACUACAGAAUGAGACCCUGCAUUUGGCUGUGAACUACAUCGACAGGUUCCUUUCAUCCAUGUCCGUGCUGAGAGGGAAGCUCCAGCUCGUGGGCACGGCUGCGAUGCUGUUAGCCUCAAAGUUUGAAGAAAUAUACCCCCCAGAAGUAGCAGAGUUUGUGUACAUUACAGAUGAUACCUAUACGAAGAAACAGGUUCUGAGGAUGGAGCACCUCGUUCUGAAAGUCCUCGCUUUUGACUUAGCCGCACCAACAGUAAAUCAGUUUCUUACCCAGUAUUUUCUGCACCAGCAGCCUGCAAACUGCAAAGUUGAAAGUUUAGCGAUGUUUUUGGGAGAGUUAAGUUUGAUAGACGCUGACCCAUACCUUAAGUAUUUGCCAUCAGUUAUUGCUGGAGCAGCCUUUCAUCUAGCACUCUACACAGUCACGGGGCAAAGCUGGCCUGAAUCCUUGGUACAAAAGACUGGAUACACCCUGGAAAGUCUGAAGCCUUGUCUCCUGGACCUGCACCAGACCUACCUCAGAGCACCACAGCACGCACAACAGUCCAUCAGAGAAAAGUACAAAAAUUCCAAGUAUCAUGGUGUUUCUCUCCUCAACCCACCAGAGACACUAAAUAUGUGACAGUAAAAGACUGCCUUUGUUUUCUAAGACUGAAAUCAAAGUAUAUGGUGUACAGUUUUUAUCUUAGGUUUUAAUUUUACAAUCAUUUCUGAAUACAAAAAGUUACCGGCAAGUACAAAUUAUGGUAUCUAUUACUUUUUAAAUGGUUUUAAUUUGUAUAUCUUUUGUACAUGGAACUAUCUUAGAUAUUCGGCUAAUUUUAAGUCGUUUUGUUAAAGUAUUAAUGAUGCCAACUGUCAGGAUAAUAAGAAUAAGAAUUAAUAAAUUGAUUUGGAAAACUUG